CCUGGUCGUGCCAUGCGCACUGGCGCUUGUUGUUGUUGAGCUGGUUGUUAUGGCUGGACAAGGCCUCGGACUAAACUGAGAGGAUCCCCCGCACCACCCCGUCUCUGUUGCGGGACACCCGCCACCCAUGGAGGGCACUGACAUGGACGUGGACGCGGAGCUCAUGCAGAAGUUCAGCUGCAUGGGUACCACGGACAAGGACGUCCUCAUUUCGGAGUUUCAGAGGCUGCUGGGCUUCCAGCUUAACCCAGCCGGCUGCGCCUUCUUCCUGGACAUGACCAACUGGAACCUGCAGGCUGCUAUAGGUGCAUAUUAUGACUUUGAAAGUCCCAAUGUCAACACGCCAUCCAUGUCCUUUGUUGAAGAUGUGACAAUUGGUGAAGGAGAGUCGGUUCCUCCAGAUACACCAUUCACAAAGACCUGGAGAAUACAAAACACAGGUGCAGAGUCAUGGCCACCUGGGGUUUGUCUCAAGUACAUUGGAGGAGAUCAGUUUGGGCAUGUAAACACAGUAAUGGUAAAGUCACUAGACCCCCAGGAGAUAUCAGAUGUCAGUGUGCAGAUGCGAAGUCCCACAAAUCCAGGCAUGUACCAGGGCCAGUGGAGGAUGUGUACAGCCACUGGUUUAUUUUAUGGAGACGUAAUCUGGGUGAUUCUUAGUGUAGAAGUUGGGGGUCUCCUCGGCGUGACCCAGCAGCUUUCCUCCUUUGAGACAGAAUUCAACACCCAACCCCAGCGCAACGUGCAGGGAGACUUCAACCCAUUCGCCUCACCUCAGAAAAACAAGCACGACGCCACUGACAACAGCUUCAGAGAUCCUGGCGGGGCGUGGGAUCGCACACAGGAGCCAAUCCAGCAAGAUCAAAAUGGACUGUCUCAUAAUGCUGUAAAUAGAGCAUCAAAUGGUCUCCAGACCAAUCUUUCUGUGGUGACAUAUGGUCAGGGUAUUCAUGGACCCUAUCCAUUUGGACAGAGCUAGAACAACAAAGACCCCCCUCUCCCCUUCCAUGGUGUAUGAUGAGCUUCACACCCUGGGAGUCCUUAAACGCAGAGGAGUUGGAGUGGGGGUGGAACUGUUGUUUUAUAUUGACUCAUGACAACCCUCUCCCCGACCUCAUGGCCCCUUUCCACACAGACACAAACUACAGUGGGGUGAUGGAUUACAUCCGCUACAGUGAAACACCCCACCUGACAUCAACACUCGGACUCGCAUGUGUGAAUGCUUCAUUAAAGAGUUAAAAUAGA